CCCUAUCAUCCCUCGUCACCACUCCUUCCCCAUCGCCCCUCCUACCUUUUCCCUCCUCCGCCAUCGCCAUUCCCCAACAACGUACACCCACCGCCACCGCCACCGCCGCCGCCGCGGGAAGAAGAGACCAAAAAAUCAGGCCAGGAGGCGGUCCGUCGCAGUGGUGCGAGUGGUAGCGGCGGGAGGAGAUGGACCCGUGCCCGUUCGUGCGGGUGCUGGUCGGCAACCUGGCGCUCAAAAUGCCGGUCGCGCCGCGCCCCGCCGGGGCCGGCGCCGGCGUGCACCCCACCACCUCGCCCUGCUACUGCCGGAUCCGCCUCAACAAGCUCCCGCUCCAGACCGCCGCCGCGCCGCUGCUGCCCUCCGACGACGCCACUCCGGGCCCCGCCGCCACGGGCGCGCUCGCCGCCGCCUUCCACCUCUCCAAGGCCGACCUCGACCGCGUCACCGCCAAGCCCUCCCUCUUCGGCACCCGCUCCGCCAAGCUCAAGCUCUGGGUCUACGCCGGCCGCCGCGGCACCACCUGCGGGGUCAACUCCGGCCGCCUGCUCGGGAAGGUCGUCCUCCCGCUCGACCUCAAGAGCGCCGCCGGGAAGCCCGUCGUCUUCCACAGCGGUUGGGUCCCCAUCACCAAGCGAGGGCGCAAGGCCUCCUCCGCCGCCGCCGCCGCCGGGGCCGCGCAGCUCAACCUCACCGUGCGCGCCGAGCCCGACCCGCGCUUCGUGUUCGAGUUCGACGGCGAGCCCGAGUGCAGCCCGCAGGUGCUCCAGGUGCAGGGCGCCAUGAGGCAGCCCAUGUUCACCUGCAAGUUCUCCUGCCGCAGCAACAGCGACCUACGCUCGCGAUCAAUGCACUCGGAUCCGGGCACCGGCGGCCGCAAGUGGCUGGCGUCCUUCGGCUCCGACCGCGAGCGCGCGGGGAAGGAGCGCAAGGGCUGGUCGGUCACGGUCCACGACCUGUCGGGCUCGCCCGUCGCGCUCGCCUCCAUGGUCACGCCCUUCGUCGCCUCCCCGGGCUCCGACCGCGUCAGCCGCUCCAACCCCGGCGCCUGGCUGGUGCUCCGCCCAGGCGACGGCACCUGGAAGCCCUGGGGCCGCCUCGAGUGCUGGCGGGAGCGCGGCACCGGCGCCGCCGGCGACAGCCUCGGGUACCGCUUCGAGCUCCUCCUCCCCGACCCGACAGGCAUGGGCGUGGGCGUGUCCGUGGCGGAGUCCAGCGUCCCGUCCUCCCGCGGCGGCCGCUUCGCCAUAGAUCUCACGGCGGCGCAGCCCUUCGGCCGGAGCGGGUCGCCUGGGUGCAGCCCGCGCGGUAGCGGCGACUUCAGCGGCAGCGGCGGCUACGGGCUCUGGCCCUUCGGGAGCUACCGCGGGUUCGUCAUGUCUGCCGCGGUGCAGGGGGAGGGGCGCUGCAGCAAGCCGACGGUGGAGGUCGGGGUGCCGCACGUCGGGUGCGCGGAGGACGCGGCGGCGUUCGUCGCGCUGGCGGCCGCCGUGGACCUCAGCAUGGACGCGUGCAAGCUCUUCUCGCACCGCCUCCGCCGGGAGCUGUCCAGCACACGCUCCGACCCGCUCCGGUGACCCUGCCAUCGAGCUCCGGCGAUGGCAUUUGGGAAAUGGGAUUUUGCAUGCCACCACAGAAACCUGUACAGCGGUAGUGGCGACAUCGAUGGAGAGAGUGUUGGUGCUCGUGGUUCAUGCCUCUGUUUUUUCGUGGGCGAUCAGACUGUUUCUUUUUUUGGAUCACUUCUCGUGAUUUUUGGUGGGUUGUGUUCUUGUUUAACCUUGUGGUAGCACUAGUUUGUAGUCUUCUAGGUGCUUUUUAAAGUCUAGAAGAAAAUCAUCAAAUCAGUUCUAGUAUCGA